CACCAGCUAGCUAUUCACAAUAUACCCAAAGAAGAAGCACUCGUGUUUAUCGCUAACCAAAACAAACAGCAGCAAGCCAUGGCUUCUUCUUCUGCUCUCACAGCUGUUUCCCCAUUGAUCUCGUCCUUGACAGCCUUGAAAAGCAAUACCAGUACAUUACCAGCCCUUCAAACUAGCUCUGUGAAGCGUCGUUCAAUCUCCAUCAAAGCUACCGUCAGGGAAACUGCUUCAUGCAAAUCCUAUGGUAGCACUCUUGGUCGGGACUCUGGUAUCUUGGCCCUAUUCGGCAAAACUCAUACCUCCGCAGUUGACGGGGACUCUAGCUUGUGGGCGCCACCGGCGUUCGGCAAAGCUGGCCAUACGACCUCCUUAACCGACGGGGACUCUAGCUUGUGGGCGCCACCGGCGUUCGGCAAAGCUGGCCAUACGCCCUCCUCAACCGACGGGGACUCUAGCUUGUGGGCGCCACCGGCGUUUGGUAAAGCUGGUCAUGCGGCCUCCUCAACUGGCGGGGAUGAAGGCUUCUUGUACCUCGUGUUUGGCAAAACUGGACAUACCUCCUCCACUGGCGAUGACUCUGGCGUGUUUAACCCGCUCUUCUUCGGCAAAGCUGGUCGUGCGACCUCCUCAACUGGAGGGGACGCUGGCUUUGUGAUCCUCGUGUUUGGUAAAGAUGGUCAUAUCUCCUCCAUCGGCGGAGACUCUGGCGUGUUUAACCCGCUCUUCUUUGGCAAAGCUGGUCAUGCGGCCUCCUCAACAGGAGGGGAUGCUGGCUUUGUGAUCCUCGUGUUUGGUAAAGCUGGUCAUAUCUCCUCCAUUAACAAGGACGACUCUGGCGUGUUUAACCCGCUCUUCUUCGGCAAAACUGGCCACAUGACCUCCUCAGCCGAAGGGGACGCUGGCUUUGUGAUCCUCGUGUUUGGCAAAGCUGGUCAUACCUCCUCGACCGUCGGGGACUCUAGCUUGUGGAUGACACCCGUGUUCGGCAAAGCUCCUCAUGCAGCCUCCUCAACUGGCGGGGGCAAUGGCUUCAUAAUCCUCGUGUUCGGCAAAGCUGGUCAUACGGCCUCCUCAACGAACGGGGACUCCAGCUUGUGGGUCUGGCCCGUGUUCGGCAAAGCUGGUCAUACGGCCUCCUCAACCGGUGGGGACUCAGGCUCUUACCCAAUGGCCAUGGUCGAUGGGCAAAUCUAGCUAUGCACAGAAGUGAUCAUGUGAAGCUCCAGCAGAGAGCCAUAUAUUUUUAUGUGUGUCAGUGUGUGUUUUGAGAGAGUACUGAAGGCAAAGCCAUCAGUAGCUCUCUCUUGUCCUUUCAUUUCCAGUUGAGCUUCUGUUGCUCGUAGUUAUCUGUCGACUCGAUCGGAGCCUAUGCAUUAUAUAUGUGAUAGUGGCUGGUCUCAUUUAUGUUGUUAUAUUAUGUAUCGUUCGUGGUGGAAAUUAAGUUCAAUUCCCAGUGAGUACUCGUCGCCGUUUCAUGAUCAAGACAGGCCAACAUACCCAGAAAUAUUCGGUAUCCAAAAGGGCAUAAAAUAGCCAGUAAUUUUUACCGGGAUGACUAAAGUUUAAAUUGAAUUUUCAAAGAAAGGAAAAAGAUAUAUUUAAACCGUUGAAUAAAAUGGGUUAGUGACU